CCCCUCCUCAUGAAGCAGCAGCAGCGUUUGAGACGAGGACAGCGAUCUCUGCUCCGUCAGAGGAUUAGACGAUACAAUGUCUGAAUAACGGGAGCGUCUCUCUGACCGCGGCUCUGGUCUAACUGUGAGAACGCACACUCUGUACCACCUGAGGGAACACCACAGAGGCCGCCGUGCAUUAUGGGUGUCGUGGUCUUCAACAUCUCGGCCACCUCGGCCCAUGUGAGCUGGCCCGUGUCCCCCAGCUGCGUGGACACCUUCUACAGCGUCAUGUACGACCCCAACUGGAACAGCCUGCUGAUGGGCUACAAGCGCAAGAGCUUCCUGAUCGAGGAGCGGAUCCCCGUCAGCCAGACCACCACGCACCUGCACCACCUGAUCCCGCAGACCGCCUACUUCCUGUGCGUCACCUGCCAGGCGGCCAACCCGGUGCAGGACCAGUGCCAGGUGUUCAGCACGCCCAGCGACAGCAGCGACUCCCACGACCGGGCCGGCUGGGAGCUGGCCAUGGGGGUGUGGCUCACCUGCUGCGUGCUGCUGCUGGUGAUCGCCGCCGUGCUGCUGUGGGGGUGCGUCCACACCAUGUGCUGCGUGCCCCCCCAGGGGGGGACUACCACCACCAUCACCAGCAUCGCUAACCGGCAGGACAUGAACCCGUCCUCGGGGAUCUAUGCCAACAGCAGCAGCGAUGACAGCGGGAAGAACGGCGGCAUGGUGCAGCAGCAGCCCCCGGCCCCCCUCCUGCUCUCUGCUAACGCCGCUAACCACGUAAUUACCCAGGAGCACGAGCUGCGGACGCUGGCUAAGCUGUCUGGAGCCGAGCCAGUGUGAAGCCACUGGAUUGAGGUCAUGGCGGUAUUGUUAUCUCACAUUUUAUCCACGGGGAAACGAUGCACAGCCCGGGGGGGUCGGCGGGGAAUAAAGGAACUAAACGGUUGAAUUAAAGUCCUUAUUUUUGUUGAGGAAGAACAAGAAUCAACGACAUCGUGCUGCAAAGCUUUUCAAUAUUUCUGCAAACACGUGGAGCUUCUCUUCCUGUCCAGAGCAAAAGUUUUGAUGCGAUUUUUAAUACGUUUGCACGUUGCCUCGUCUCCAACCUGCUCACACUAAGAGCUUGAAGCAUGCCCCACCCUGACCCAGAAAUGUGUUUAAAGAGGCUCUGUUCUGCUUCUCUGCAGUGUGUUCUAUAGGUUUUAGUGCAUGUAAACGGUCUGCAAAGGCUAAAAUCCCUGUGUUCCCUCCAGAGGGAGUUUCUCUCCCACAUGUUUUGAUCUGACGGAAUAUUGUGAUUUCCGGUAGCGGUACUUUCAAAACCAAUUCAGAUUUCCCUGUAAUGAAACAGCUUUCAGCACAAAAAGGGUUCAAUUUGUUCCAAUGAAUAAAGAAAGAUUUAAUUGAAAUGUCAUUGAAUUGUUUUCUUUGAAUAAAUCUCAUUCAUUUAACAGGCUCCCGUGCGCUCACAUGCUUUUGUUCUUCAUGAUUUGUCCCAUUGAAUAUUUCUGUUGUAAAUAAGCAGCUCAUAACAGACAUUUUGAUCAUAUUUAUUCCACUUUCCGUCCCGUUUACACACGUUUCCCUCAGUGAUGCUUUCCUACUUCAUCCAUCUCCACAUGUAAUGACUCACACAUGUGGACUCAAUAUUUAGACCAAAUGCUUAAACUACGAAUGGAGAAAGUAUUC